AUGAAGUAUAUCUGGCGUCUCCCCCCAUCUUUAUUCCUCAGUUUGGUGAAUGUUUGUUUGGCAAUUCAGGCAAAUUAUGCUCCCUAUUUCUUUGACAAUGGAGCAAGCAGCACGAACGGGAACAUGGCGCUUUUCAGCAUUUCUGAAGACACUCCUGUGGGUACCCACGUCUAUACACUCAACGGAACAGACCCAGAAGGGGAUCCUGUAACGUACGGCAUGAGUUUUGAAACUGGGUCCAGAAGCUACUUUGCUAUUGACGAGAGCAAUGGCAACAUCACUCUGAUUGAGGAACUUGACCGUGAGAGAGAAGAUGAGAUUGAAGUUGUAGUCAGCAUUUCAGAUGGCUUAAGUAAAGUGUCCGAGAAAGUCAGAAUCCUUGUAACUGAUGCCAACGAUGAGAGCCCAGAAUUUCUCAACACUCCUUAUAUAGUCCAAGUCCUAGAGAAUACUCCCUCUGGGAGCAGCAUUUUCAAAACUGAAGCUGUGGACAGAGACACUGGAUCUGGGGGCAGCAUAACCUACUUUCUACAGAAUGUCCAUACAAACAAGUUUACCAUAGAUCGUCACAGUGGCGUCCUUCGCAUCAAAACAGGGAUUACUCUUGACUAUGAAAAAUCAAGAACUCAUUUUGUUACCAUUGUGGCAAAGGAUGGUGGUGGCAAGUUACGUGGGAACAACAAAGUGUUCUCCGCCACAACCACGGUCACUGUCAAUGUAGAAGAUGUUCAGGACACACCACCCAUGUUUGUUGGCACUCCGUACUAUGGAUACGUCUAUGAGGACACCCUGACAGGUUCUGAGGUGAUGACAGUUGCCGCAGUUGAUGGCGAUCGAGGGAAGCCUAACAGCAUUCAUUACACUCUUCUUAACGGAAGUGAAGGGUCCUUUGAAAUAAACAACACAACUGGAGCCAUUUCUGUUAUUAAGAACCCCAUUAAACUGCAAAAAGAAGUGUAUGAACUGAAAGUUCAGGCCUCAGAAAUUGGUCCAGAGGGUGAUAUGGCUGCACAUGCUUUUGCUAUGGUAACAAUAAGAGUUGUUGACCUCAACAAUCACCCGCCAACAUUCUACGGAGAAAAUGGGCUACAGAACCGGUUUGAGGUCACAAUGUAUGAACAUCCACCAGAGGGUGAGAUCCUGAGGGGGCUCAAAAUUACAGUUAACGAUUCAGAUCAGGGAGCAAAUGCCAAAUUCAGCCUCUGCCUUGUUGGUCUCGGUGGCAUCUUCCGUGUUGUCCCUCAGACUGUCCUGAACGAAGCUCAGGUCACCAUAAUAGUAGAAAACUCUGCUGCCAUAGACUAUGAAAAAUUCCAGGUUUUAUCUUUCAAGCUUCUUGCAAUAGAAGUUAACACUCCUGAGAAGUUUAGUUCAACAGCUGAUAUUGUGAUACGACUCUUGGACACCAAUGACAACGUCCCAAAGUUUUCAUCGGAUUAUUAUAUUGCUCGGAUUCCAGAGAAUUCCCCUGGAGGCUCCAAUGUAGUGGCUGUCACAGCAACAGAUCCCGAUUCAGGCCUUUGGGGUGAACUGAAAUAUUCCAUAUAUGGAACAGGAGCAGAUCUAUUCCUGAUCCACCCAUCUACAGGGAUUAUCUAUACACAGCCGUGGGCCACAUUAGAUGCAGAGGUCACUUCUAAGUACAACUUCUAUGUGAAGGCUGAAGAUACAGAAGGGAAAUAUAGCUUGUCUGAAGUCUUCAUUACCGUGCUUGAUGUCAAUGACCACUCGCCAGAAUUCAACAACAACAUCCAGGAAAAAACCAUGGUUAUCGGCUCACUCGUGAAAGUGGAGGCAACAGACCAAGAUGCAGAAGAACCCAACAACAUAGUCGACUACUCCAUUAUGCAAGCAGAUCCAGCCAAUGUGUUUGAUAUCGACCAAAGCACUGGAGAAAUAAAGCUGAAAUCCUACAUCCGGUCCUUGGACAUCAUUCACAACAUCACCAAGAACAAAGACUGCAUAUGGUCAGUGGUCGUACAGGCCAAAGACCGGGGCUCGCCUUCAUUCAGCACCACAGCUGUUCUGAAGAUCGACAUCACAGAAGAGACUCUCCACAAAGGGCCUAUGGCCGCCUUUUUGAUGCAAACAAAAGAUAACCCUUUGAAAGCCUUAGGAGUCCUAGCUGGUGUCAUGGGGGUGAUGGUGAUGAUCACGGUCUUGAUCUCUACCGCCACGUUCUGGCGUAAUAAGAGAUCCAACAAAGUCAUGCCGGUGAGGCGAAUCAUUAAAAAAAGACAGAACUAUCAACCCCGGACGGUCAGGCUGGAGUGGCUGAAGAUCAAGAGCUCUGCCAACGUUUCUGAGAAGUUUGUGGCCCAAGAAGAUGUUAGCAGUGUGCAAAAUGAGAACGGGAACAACAACUUGCUCCAGGUGCUGCCCCCUUUGCCGCCGACAGCCCCGGUCCCACCUCCCGCCCCGACGUUCAAGGCAAGCCUCUCUGAAUGGAGAGUGCCCACUGUGUCCGGAUGCCUGAGCCCCAAGAUCAGAAGCAAACAGGGGAAGAAAAAGGGCUCCGCUAGCACGGCCCACAAUGCCCUGGUGUCUGAGCUCAAGCUGAGGUUUGAGAAGAGAAAUGCAGGCUUUGGCCACCUUCAUGUUUAG